AUUCUUCUUGUCUACAGUUGAGUAGCAGUAGUAGUAAUCAUGGCGUCAGAAGGCGAGAGCAAGCCGAAAUCUUCCAAAGGAAAAACAUUGACACAGGAAGAAAUUUACAAUGGUUUUCAGGUGCUACGCAAUGAACAGCGGGUUCUUGUCACCAAGUUAUCGGAGCUAGAGCUCGAACUUAGUGAACACAAAAUUGUUGUCGAUACCAUGAAAGACUUGGACGGUGACCGUAAAUGUUUUCAACUGAUUGGAGGUGUACUGUGUGAACGAACAGUGAAAGAUGUUCUACCUCAGCUUCAAAUGAAGAAGGACUCUCUUACCAAAAUAAUGGGAGACUACAAUGAACAAAUAACUAAGAAAGGAAAAGAGAUCAACGAAUACAAAGAAAAACACAACAUCAGAAUUCGUGGUCAAGAUGAUAUUCCAUCAGAAAGUGACAGCAAAGACAAGGGAGAAAGUUCAAGUCAAUCCAAAAAUGUUAUGGUGGAAGCUAUGUGAUGAGAAAUGGUGAAUGGAAGAGCCUGUUACAAGUGCUGUUGUGUAGAAUCACAGAACAUUCUUCAGUGGAAGGACUUUUGUCUCCGCCCUCCUCCAUCAUGGAACAUUUGUGAUAAUGCAUCAGCAAGUUUAAUCUGCCAUGUGACUGAACAAUUAGAACUUCGGUUCUUUCCUGCAUUUUAUUUAUUUAUAUUUUUUUUUGUGCGUGUGUUUCUCUUUCUUGCUUUACCAUCCAAGUAAUUUGCUGAGAUCAUGGAUAACAUUGAAGAUUGCUUUACUUUGUACUCAGGUUGUGGAAUAGAAAUCUAAUCUAAUUGUAUUUUUAAUAUGUGAUGGACAUUUUUGUUGUUUCAAAUUGAAAAAUUGUUGCAUACCAGAUUGGGUUUUGUUGUUGAUUGCGUUAAAGUUUCAAGGUUCUGAUGUGCUUUUACUUAUUCAUGGAUUAAUUUUAUUAAACUUGUGCACGAUCUCCUUUUAAAUUUUCUUUAUCUGGUUGUAUUAAUGUAGUUAUGGUAGUUACAUCUGAGCUCAGUAUGAUCAGUAGAAUCAAAGUGAUAGUCUUAUCAUAAGUAACAAAACAGAUGAUUUUAUUGCUAGAAGAUAACUACUUCUUAGUUUACAAACGCAGUACCAUUCAUUAAAUUUUUUGAAAGCAAGCGCGUAAAAUGUAAAUUGAUUAAAAAAAGACAUUAACAUAAAAUAACAGGAAAGCACUAGCCAAAAUAACCAAUUGUGAUGGAUUAACAUAACAAUUUAUCAGUCAUAAUAUUAUAUGCAAAAUACAUAAACAACUUGCCUCAUACUACAUAUUUUUUCUACUAUAUGAUAACUUGGUAACAGAACUGUAAAACUCGUACCCUAUAAUUAAAAUGUUAGUAGCUAAUGAAUGUAUUAUAAAUGAGUUCAGAUGGUCUGGUGAGAAUUGAAUUACCUUCAACAAGACCAAGUUCAAGGUCUACUAUGCAUGGGCAGAAGAGAAUACAAAUGCAGUACCUUUUGGCCUCCUGGCAACCUUCACAAAAUUGUCGAAAAUUGUACAUUACUAAUUACCUCUGUAUAGACAAUAAAAUCACUGUUAUCAA